AUGAAAAAAGAGGACACGGUAAACCAGGCAAACAGAAAGAAAAAGAAAGCGCUUCCAAUACUGCGGGAUAUUUUGUACUGCACUGCUCUAGCAGGGAAAGCUCUGAUCCGGGACGAAUUUUCGCUGUGCUUCCAGCAAAAUGAAACAAAACCCGAAUUUACGUUUUCAUACACAAUGAGUCUUAUAUGCAGAUAUGGGCUGAUUCUUCCUCUGCGGCUGCCUGCCACUCUGUUUAUACUGCUUCUCUUUUCCGUGCUGAUAAUACUGUCUCGCGGCGUGUUUCGGGGGUUUGGAAGCAACAAAUUGGUCACGGUGGGGUGCAAGCUCUUGCUGUUUGCCAUGGGGAUACGCGUGCAGCACCACGGGAUAAAGAACCGGCCCUGCAUUCCGCACAUAUACGUUUCCAACCACACGACGUACAUGGACUAUUUGAUUCUUAGCAGCCACCGGUUCUCGCACUCGGUGAUUGCGCAGCGGCAGGGAGGCUUUAUGUCGAUGCUGUUGAAGCUUGUAAGCGGGUCCGUGCAGUUUGAGAGAAACAUAAAGGCGAACCGCCGAGAGGUGAAAGAGGGCAUCCGAGAAAUGACCCAAAAGGCAUCCAUAAUUGUCUUUCCAGAGGGCACGUGCGUCAACAACGAGUACACAGUAAUGUUUCAAAAGGGCGCAUUCGACUUGGGCGUGAAGGUGUAUCCGGCCGCAAUAAAGUACAAUAAGAAGCUGGGAGACCCGUACUGGAACACGCGGAAGCAGACGUUCAGCAAGCACUUCAUAUACCUUAUAACAAGAUGGCGCACAGAGGUCUCUGUCUGGUGGAUGGCCCCCGUGGAAAUUGAAAAGGGCGAAACGGCCUCUGGGUUCGCGACCCGGGUCAAAAGAAAGAUCUCGGAGCGUGCAGGCCUAAAAAACCUCGUGUGGAAUGGAUACCUGAAGCACUGCAAGAGCCCGGAGGAGAUGAAGGAGAUAAAAAAGUGGGGCGACCAGCUCACACCGACUCUUCUGGUCGCAUCGGAGCGGAGAUAG